CCUCCUCCUCCUCUUAAUCAUCCUUAUCCUCGCCACUAAACCGGUGAACAGAGAGUCUCGCGGUCCAGAGAUGGUGUAGCGUCCUCGCUGAGCUCCAAGUGACAGAGUCGUAUCCAAACAGCCUCCUCUGCUAGUAGACAGCGCUUCUGUUUGCUCCCAGCACCCGGUCCUCCUCCUCCUCCUCCUCCUCCUCCUCCUCUGGGAGAACAAAAAAAAAAGCGCCUUUUGGGCUUCAAAAAAAAAAAAAAAAAAAAACAACAACCGGGCAGUGGUGGAAGAAGAAGAGGACCGUGAGCUGAGUCGGGCGUGGUAGCAGCGAGCGAGGAAAAAAACUCAUCUUUGUCAGAAGAAUAAAAAACUUCAAAGCAGCCAACUACACAAUGUCGCUGUCGGUGCCGCAGAACGGGGUGAAGGCGGAUAGCGAGCCCGUUAUCGAGCUGUUUGUGAAGGCGGGAAGCGAUGGCGAGAGCAUCGGGAACUGCCCCUUCUCUCAGAGGCUCUUCAUGAUACUGUGGCUUAAAGGAGUCGUCUUCAAUGUCACCACUGUGGACCUCAAGAGGAAACCAGCAGACCUGCAGAACCUGGCCCCCGGCACACACCCUCCCUUCAUCACCUUCAACGGUGAGGUCAAAACCGACGUCAAUAAGAUCGAAGAGUUUCUCGAGGAUGUCCUCUGCCCGCCCAAGUACAUCAAGUUGGGCGCAAGACACCCUGAGUCAAACACAGCUGGUAUGGACAUCUUUGCCAAGUUUUCUGCAUUCAUCAAGAAUUCUAAACCAGAUGCUAAUGAGGCUCUGGAGCGUGGGCUGCUGAAGACACUGCAGAAGCUGGAUGAGUAUCUUCGCUCACCACUCCCCGACGAGAUCGACCACAACAGCAUCGAGGACGUCAAGGUGUCUACCCGCAAAUUCUUGGACGGAGAGGAAAUGACCCUGGCUGACUGUAACCUGCUGCCCAAGCUGCACAUAGUCAAGGUGGUGGCUAAGAAGUACCGAGGCUUCGACAUCCCCAAAGAGAUGACGGCCAUCUGGAAGUACCUGAACGUCGCCUACACGCACGAAGAGUUCACCAACACCUGCCCCAGCGACAAGGAGAUCGAGAUCGCCUACGCAGACGUGGCCAAGAGGCUGGUCAAAUAAGCGAGCACCGCUCCCCGUCCCUCGCCUCCGUAACCUCCCCCCCCUCUCUUUACACUCCCCUACACCUCCCCCCUUCCUCAGCACCAGGACUGAUGUGCUUAUUCGCGAGAAAGAAAAAACUCUGGACUUCUUUUCCUUCUCUCCUCUUCUAGAGCGAACCCAAAUGCAUGAACCCUUCUUCAUCAUUAUGAAGGCCUCUUUAGUUGACUCUCAAACGGUCACCCCUCCCCCCCCGUUCCACCUUUUUAUCAUUAGUCGCUGUCAUUUUUCAUUUGCCGAUGAAUGUUGAGAUGUGAAGGCGAGACGAUGAAGAAGCAGCCAGACAUGUGUAUCAGUGCUUAUUGAUGUUGGGAGCCUCAUAAGACGCUCUCUGACAAGUGACCUUCACGCUGACUUUCUCUCUCUGUAUGCGGGGGGGGAAAGCUCACAAGCUGUUAUCUUUCUGUGUUCUGUUUAAGAUUGACAUAACUCUAUCUUGGUUUUCUCUAAAAUGACACUGAGAAGCUUUUUUUCUGUCUUUUGGCUUAUUAAGAGAUGUUGUAAACAGUGUUGAAGCUUCAGUGUUUUUUUUUUUUUUUUUUUGUCGUUUUGUUUUUGGCUCAAGUAUUUGACGAGUUGGUAAUCCAAACCUAAGUGGUCGACAUAUCAAGUGAGAGAUGUUUUAUUUCAAUGUUGAGCUGUUAGAAAUAAAUCAAAGUAAUUGUUAAGUGCAGGUAAAGCUACCUGAUAUCCGUGCUCUGACUCCCUCGUUGCCUCAAACGGGCAAUUGGUCUUGUAGCUCAGCUCAGUAGGAUUGUAGGAAAUGUCCUGUACUGUCUGCAGAGGCAGCAUCUCAGGAGAAAUGAACCCUGAGGUCUAAAAAAAAAAACAACAAAAAAAAAACGAUUAAUAUGUAUGUAGCUCACAGACAUGUCAAAGGAUGUAUAGAUUUCUGAAAUGGCCUUUUUCUUAUAAAUCACCACAUUGCCAUAGAAAAUGUUCAUUUAAACGAUGACAUGCUGACUCUUCUCAUGUCCACAUGAAGGAACUCUUCACUUUCUUUCUGAUUGUAGCGGUUGUUUGGAUUUGACGCCAUGGACCAAAGCAAGGCACAUUAUUCUGGUCUCACUGUGGAUUGGCUGUAAACUAGUGACGUCAAAGAGAUAUACUACACACACUUACUGGCUCUUUAACAUACACAACGGGAGACACUACUGUGCAGCGGGGCACCAGGAAAAAGCGACACUAAAGAUAUUUAUGAGGAAAACCAAUUGAGUAGCAAUGGUUCAAAUUCCACCUUCUCUUCUGUGCGUAGGUCGAACUCUGAGGUAGCCAGUGUAUGUAAUGAUACAGUAGCUCCAAAAAGUGCUUUAGUGCGGAUGAAACAAAACCUGUUUUGUUUUGUCCCAUUUGCCAUGUUUUUGUAUUUGUUAUGAAGCAAAUCUGAUAUGAAAAAAAAAAGGAAUUGUAAAUAUUUGUUUUCAUUGCACAGGUUACAAUGUGUAAAAUCGAAGCAUUUCGAAAAAAAAUAAAAAAUCUUGCCUGCUUGGGUAUAAACUCCAGAUAAACCAUCUCCUAUUUGCCUUACUUGUUUUCUCUGCAGACGUUUUGCAGGAAGGUGUUUUUUUUUUUUUUGUUUUUUUUUUUUU